CUCUUUCUAAAUAUCUGCACAGAGAGUUUAAUUCACAUGGAUACGUUCAUCAGACGUUAGCAGUCAGUUUGUCUUUUUAUGUUGCUUAGUUUUCAUUAGGUGGAUUUAUUUGCUUCUUCUUUCGGAAGAAUAAUAAACAUGAUUAAGACCAUGUUUGAACACCUGAAGAAACAUCCAGGGUUAAUCCCGCAAUUUGUCUUCCUGACUGUGGGCCUCACAGGGGCCGCCUUCUAUCUGAUCCGCCUGGCAAGAGGACCUCAUGUCACCCUUUGGGACAAGAGGAACAACCCAGAGCCCUGGAGCAAGCUUGACCCAACCUACCAGUAUAAGUUUGUGGCCGUCAACACGGAUUACAAGAACCUAAAGAAAGAGGGCCCUGACUUCUAAAGGUCCUCCAGGCAACUCCAGGGGCACCAAGUUUGGCAGGACCUCCUGCUGUCGCCUCAGUGAUGUGGAACGUCUUCCUCAACAUUUCCUCAGUUUCACCUCACGCUCAACGACAACAGCUCUGCAUUAACACUGUAACCCUGUUAAUAAAAACUAUUAAAGAUU